AUGAAUCCUCAGGUAGCUGGAAACCACACAGCUUCUGGUCAACCGGCUGCCCCCCCUCCGAACAUGCUAGGAGACGCCAACGCAGUCAAAACGGGGCUAGCUGAAGAUUCACAGAUGGUGGACGCCAACAGCCAUGAUGACUGGGGCGAUGAACGGCGAUUGGUGUCCGCGCUGUGCACUCUGCAGCAGAUGCAUGGUAAAAUAAAUCAACUCCGAAACCUUCUUCCGGGGCGUCUGCUAGGCCCUCUGAAACCCGUGAUAACCCAGCCUCCAGGGUGUGACAAAUAUCAAAAGUCUCCCCAGGAGCUAUGUCAGGAACUAUCACAGUCAGCACGCAGCGGCAUGGCUGAGAUUGAGAGCUUCAAAACUUCGUGGAAUUCACCUGAGAUGACUGAGAUCCUUGAUCGAGUGGACGCAAGGCUCAGGGAUCGGAAUGGAGAGUACCCUCAUAUGAGCAACAUAUGGGAGUGUGAUUAUGAAGAAGUUCUUGCAUCCCAUGAUAGGGAUGAAAAGCAAAUGCAAGAAAUGAAGGCGAUGCAGCAGGAUAAGCUUGAGAAGGAGAAGCUAGAGUCAGCAGUUGGAGGCUGGAAGGGCAUAGUUGAAACUUUCAAAAUGAGGAAUAUCCCCGGCAUCACUCUACAUAUUAUCUCACCAGACGACGCCGAGCGAUUUUCCGUGGACCUACAGAGCAUAUCAACUACUUUUUACGUGCAGAGGUUUCGUGGUAACAUUGGACAUGACUCGGAAAUGUGGCAUGUCAAUACAGGGUUUCAGCAGAAUCAGUCAAAGUUGGCAUUGGAAAUCUUAGAUUAUAUUCAGUCACGGCAGCGACAAUGGGAUCUCCAGUAUCUCCUGCUCCAAAACAAUAUGGGAACCAUUCCAUCCACAAUGCCUCCUGAGUACCUCCACACAACACAACGCCGCCUAAACCCACAAAACAAGCCUCUAGUGCCAAUUCCAGUCCCCUUCUCCAUAGUGGAGCUGCCAGUGGGGAUAUGA